UGUCGGUGUCGGUGUCGGUGCGGAUGGGGCGGGGGAACCCCCGGGGCCCGAGGCCGAGCGGAGCGGCAGCGCUCCCUGGCGGUCCCGCCCGGGGCUGUCCCCCCGCCCCACACUCCCGGCCCCGCCCGCCGCGGUUCUUGCGCGGCCGCAGCCCCGGAUCCUCUCCCCGUGUCUCCCACGGCACAGUAAUACACCGCCGCGUCCUCGCGCCGGGGCCCGGAGAGCCACAGGGCGCUGGAACGGCGGUCUGCCGCCACCGACAGCCGCCCCGGCGGGGCCGACAGCUCUUUGGAGCCUUUGUGACCGAGUGCGAUGAAUGCCGGUCCGUGGCCCGGGAACUGACGGUGCACCUCCAGCCCCAGGACAUGUCCUGCUACAACCCCUGCCUGCCAUGCCGACCCUGUGGCCCAACCCCUCUGGCCAACAGCUGCAAUGAGCCCUGUGUCAGGCAGUGCCAGAGCUCCACUGUUGCCAUUGAGCCUCCUGCUGUGAUUGUGACCCUGCCCGGACCCAUCCUCAGCUCCUUCCCACAGAACACCGUCGUGGGUUCCUCCACCUCUGCUGCUGUUGGCAGCAUCCUCAGCUGUGAUGGAGUGCCCAUCAACUCUGGCUGCUGUGACCUCUCUGGCAUUUCCAGCCGCUACUAUGGCAGAAGGUUCCUUAACUGAUAAAGAAGCUGUGAAAGCCCAAGGAAGACACCUCAAGGACAGGUGCUGGGAGGUGCUGGGAAGAAAAUCGAUCUUUUGGACUUCUUUUCAGUAGGGGUGAAUGGCUUUGACCUUCUUUCAUAUAUUUGCUUUGGUUCCCCUUUGCAGCAUGGUGGUGCCACAGCCAGUGUGGUGGGAACCAUUUGUUUCCUCUCACUAUGGGUCAGGAAGACAGAUUUAAUGUAGGAAUUUCUCUGUGUUCCACAACCACAGAGUCUUGGCUUCCCCUGAUUCUCACUGCUGACCUA